UCAAGAAUCGAGAUGUCUACCGAAGUAUAUAUAUCUUCUGAAGCAAUCUUCAAGGCAGUAACGAAAGUGCCGAUUCCGGGUAAUACAAGCAAAUGUUGUUUACGCCGUGCAAACCACUUUUUGGAGUUAUUACACUCUUUUGUUUAGCCAGAAGUGUUAGCGCUAAUACUUAUAGAAACAUGAAUAGUCUAGCAGGAGUUCAUUCCGUUGUAUAUGUCACGGUUCCAACGCAGGAAGUUGCUAAAAAAUUGGCUCAUGGUUUAGUGAAGGAUAAACUGGCAGCAUGUGUUAACAUUAUACCAGGUCUUACAUCUGUAUAUGAAUGGAAAAAUGAAAUUAAUGAAGAUAAUGAACUACUACUGAUGAUAAAAACCAGGACUGACACCGUUAAUGCUCUCACAAAAUAUGUGAAGGAAAAUCAUCCAUAUGAAGUGUGCGAAGUAAUUUCUUUACCAAUUCAAAAUGGAAAUGAAAAAUAUCUUCAAUGGAUAAGCGAAGUAGUUCCACAUAUUAAUCAGCCAUAAGAAGUUUCUUUUUUUUAUGUAUCCAAUGGAAAUUAUGUAUAAUAUAUUAUGAUUACAAUAUUUAUUGUAGUCUAAAACUAACAUGAUUUAUUUCAUAAACUUUUAAUGGUUGUAAAAUUAUAUAUUUUUUUCUUUAAAAGAAUACAGUCAUAAAAAUAUAAAUUAGAAAUAUUAUAAUUCGAUUAAAUUUGAACACAUUAUGUAUAGCUGCUUAUAUAUGUAUAAUUAACGAUACUUAAAUCCAUAAUGUAUGAACCAUAUACUACAAAUACCAAAUUAAAAAUUAUAGAAGUCAAAAAUUGAUAUAAAUAUAAGUACAAUAAUUAA